AUGUCGUGCCGCCCUGCGAUCUCGUCACACUCUCUGGGCCGGGCCUGGGUGCACAAUAUAGAGACCAAGCUUGAUCAAGCUGCUCGCUAUGGUUUUGACAUCGAGAUGUUCUACGAAGACCUCCAGUACCUCGCCCAAACGCUCGAAGGAGGUCCAACGGCCGACAAUCAGCUGCAGGCCGCAACGAUGAUCCGUGCGAUGUGUGACGACCGGAAUAUUGCAAUCGUGUGUCUGCAACCAUUCAUGCACUACGAAGGCCUCCGCGAUCGAGUAGCGCACCAGGACCGUGUCGAUGAGAUGAAAUCGUGGAUCAAACUGGCUCAAGCACUCAAAACCAGCAUUAUCUCGAUCCCUUCCACAUGUCUAUCCUCCGACGAUGUCAGCGGAGACAUCGAACUCGUCGUAAGCGACAUGCGAGAAGUCGCAGAUCUUGCGGCGCCGGAAAACAUCCAGAUCGCAUACGAAAGCCUUGCCUGGGGCACGCAUGUGGACACGUGGGAGCAGUCGUGGGAAGUGGUUGAGAAGGUUGAUCGACCGAACUUUGGUAUCUGUCUUGACACCUUCAACAUCGCUGCGAGGGUUUACGCAGAUCCGACGGCGGCUUCCAGGCGGAAUGUAGAUGCAGAACAGCGUAUGCAAGCUUCGCUUGACAAGAUGACUCAGACGAUCGAUGCUCGGAAGAUCACCUAUGUUCAAGUGGUGGAUGCCGAGUACCUCCAACAGCCUCUCGUCGACGGCCAUCCAUACUAUCGAUUCGACCAGCCUGCUCGGAUGUCCUGGUCGCGAAACUGCAGACUGUUUUAUGGGGAGAAGGAUCGAGGUGCAUACCUUCCCAUCAAGGAUAUCCUGGGUGUGAUACUGAACGAUCUUGGCUUUCGAGGAUGGAUCAGUGCUGAAAUGUUCAAUGAGAGUCUCACUGAUCCCAGUGAGCUGGUGCCGGAGCAGCAUGCGCAACGAGCAGCAGACUCGUGGCGCAUGAUCGUGGAAGACUUCGAUCUUGGAUCAUCCAUGGUCCACCGUCCUGAAGGCCCGCCAAGAACGACAUCUCAGCGGGCAUACCUUUAG